AUGGAACAAAUCUCAAUUUGUGUCUGCUUUGUAGACCAGAAAGAUGAAGAUAGCACCUUGGAGGUGAGAAAGGAGUUUCUAGGAUUCGUAGAGGCAGAAAGCCCAAAAGCUGCGAUAUUGGCUGAGAAAUUUAUGACAACUCAAGCAGAGUUCAGAAUUGAAACCCGUAAGAUGCGUGCGCAAGGCUACAAAGGUGCUGCAAAUAUGGCCGGGGUACACACGGGUGUGCAAGCAAUCAUAAGAUAGUGUGUACUGGAAGCAGUGUACGUCCACUGAAAAGCCAAUCUCUUAACCUUGCUAUUGGUAACACACUGAAGGAACCUUUAGUACGCAAUACGCUCAGCACUUUGUAAACAAUGACAUUCGCAUUCGACUAUUCAUUCAAGCGACUGCUAGCCUUUCAAGAAUCUUUACGCCAAGAUGUUUUAGUAAGAGAGGAGAUGAAAAUGUGCAAAGUUAAGAACUUUGUGCGAAACACAAUGGGCAGGUGGGGCUGAUUCUUUAUACACUUUUCGGACAGCUUACCCCGUGGUAGUACAGUCACUAGAGACUCUUUCAGAAGAUGGAGAUGGGAAGGCAAGGGGGUGUUUGUGUUCCAUCAAACAAUUGAUUUCAUCAUCACCCCUUCUGCUACUGAACAUGUACUUUCUAACACAGUCUCCUUAUAAAAGAUGCUUCAAGGAAAGUAAUGUAAAUCUUAUUGAAGCAGCAGAAGAAGUAAGUGUGGUGAUAAAUGUCAUGAACACAGAGAGAAAUGAUCCAUCAGUUUGGCAAGAGCUGUAUGAGCAAGGAAAACAGCUAGCAGCCAAUGUUGACAACACACAGCAACACAGAGCGAAUAGAGACUUUAAGCAAUGA